CAAAGCUCGUCAGAUGAAAACAUUGGAAUAGAGAGAUGUGGAGAGAAAAAUAUGACCAAGAAAAAAGAAAAUUAUCCGGCGAUAUUUCAGGAGCAAGAACUAAACAAUGAUGUGACAGCGUUCGCCUGAAAAUUCGACCAACUAUAAUUUGAUCGCGAAGCACGAAGGUCCUGUUAUUUAAGUUUAUGAAGGAUUCAAGCGAGGGAGACACUGCAGUUGGAAGGGACGAAGAAAAGACAAAACAUUUGACAGCAGGGCUCUCGCAAGCUGCUCACUCUGUGUCGUGUAAACAGACCCUCACACGUGACUGUAACCGUCCGCAUUGUCUGGAGCCUAAAGGGGUUUAAUGGCAACACAAAAGGGCCUUUGCGUUUAUAUCAAGUAGCCAGCUAAAUAGUUUGGUUGUUAAGGCGAAGCAAGUGGGUAAGAUAUGGCAACUGCGAUGCCAAUUUAGAAUAUUCGUUCUGAGUUGUUAGGAGAAGGGCAAAGAUGGCUGUUUUGUGGAUAUUUUGUGAUACUGGCAUGAUUACCCAACUGGUUAGCAGCUAUUUUACUUAAUCGGGGUUGUUCACAAUUGUAAAAAGCUGUAGCACCAGUUAGUUCGUCAGUUCCAGGCAACGUCAAGUUAGCAAGCUAGCUAACUAAACCAUUCUGUAUUCGAUUUCGCUGUCGGAACAACGGGAAGACUAACAUAGUUUACAAGCUUGCCAGUUUGCCGAUGUGAAAAGAUGUCCUUCACAAUGGAAGACAAUUUGGAGUCGGGAUGGGUUGCCGUUAGACCAAAUGUUUUUGAGGAAAAGGAAAAGCACAAAUUCGUUUUUAUCGUGGCUUGGAAUGAGAUAGAAGGGAAGUUUGCGAUCACAUGUCACAAUAGAACCGUGCAGAGAAGGAGUAUUGCCAAGGAUCCAGGAGCCGAGGGAACGUUAGUCUCAGUGGCCGGGGCAACCGAGUACAGAAGUUCAAAAAGUCCCGUAAAAGAAAAGGAUGAUGGUGGCAGUCAAAACAGAACCAAAGGUCGACAAAGCGAUACAAAUAGUCACACGCGAGGAGCAGCAACGGGGGUCUCCAGCCCCGUUAAAAGUGGCAGUAAGGUUGUGGGGCCAAGGGGCAAAAGCCCCACCGCAGUGCUGGACAUUGAGAUUCUGGAUCCCACUGGUGAGCAUCACACCGCAGAACUUGGCGAAGUGGCGGAUUCUGAAGACUUUGAGCACAAUGUCCGAGAGGACUGUAGCUGGGCUGGACUAUUCUCCUUCCAGGACUUGAGGGCUGUUCAUCUUCAGCUGUGCUCUGUCAAUUCGGACCUGGAACCAUGCUUGCCUCCUCUCCCGGAGGAACCCUCAGGGAUGUGGACGGUGUUGUUUGGACCUCCGGAAGUCACUCGAUCGGAGAUGGAUACACUUUGCUACCAGCUACAGGUCUACCUAGGUCAUUCACUGGACACUUGCGGAUGGAAGAUUCUUUCCCAAGUGCUGUUCACCGAAAGCGACGACCCGGAGGAGUAUUACGAAAGUUUGAGCGAGCUACGACAAAAGGGAUACGAGGACGCGCUCCACAGAGCCAAGAAGCGCCUGCAAGAGCUCCUGGAGAAGCACAAGGCGGUGGACAGCAUGGUGGAGCUGCUGGAGCUGUACCAGGAGGAGGACGAGGCCUACGGGGAUCUGGCUGAGGCCACCACGCAGCUCUACCAGUACCUGCUGCAGCCCUUCCGCGACAUGAGGGAGCUGGCCAUGCUGCGCCGCCAGCAGAUCAAGAUCUCCAUGGAGACGGACUACCUGGGCCCGCGUCGGGUGGAGGCUCUGAGGAAGGAGGACGCCGAUUGGCAGAGGAAGGCUCACGAGGCCGUGCUCUGCAUCCAGGACUUCACCGUCAAGUACUUCGAGACCACCGCCCGGGCGCAGAAAGCCGCGUACGAGCGCAUGCGCGCCGACCAGAAGAGGCUGGGCAAGGCGGCCUGGGCCGCGGCGGUGCCGCGCAUGGAGAAGCUGCAGCACGCCGUAUCCACGGAGACGAUGCAGCUGAUGAGGGCCAAGGAGAUCUGCCUGGAGCAGAGGAAGCACGCGCUGAGGGAGGAGAUGCAGGGCCUGCAGGGCGGGGAGGACGCCAUGUCACGGCUCCACCAGCUGGAGGCGCUGUACUACGAGCUGCAGCUGCAGCUGUACGAGAUCCAGUUCGAGAUCCUCAAGUACGAGGAGCUGCUGCUGACUGCGCAGCUGGACAGCAUCCGGAGGCAGAUGAUGGGGCAGAUGGCGUUGCCGUGGGUGACGCUUGACUUAAGUGCUUUGCUAACAGAGAGGCAGGACGAGGUGGUGUACUACGACACGUACGAGAGCCCGGACGCCAUACGGGACACGGAGGACGGCGCCCCACAGAGGGAGGAGCUGCACCGGCUGCAGCAGAGGACCCGGCAGCUGGAGGCCAGGAGGGGGCGCAUCACCGCCAAAAAGGCCUACCUCAGACACAAAAAGGAAAUCUGUAUUGCCAAUCACAAUGAGAAGAUGCAGCACCGGCAGGAUAACCAGGGGGACUACACAACCCAGGAUGCCUUGCAACAGCGGAGAGACCAGGAGGAAGAGGAGCGGAAGAACAGCGGGGUGAGCGAACGACAGAAAACACUGGACAGACUGCGCAGCUUCAAACAGCAGUACCCAGGUCAGGUGGUGCUGAAGUCCACGAGGCUCCGGAUGGCGCACGCGCGGAGGAGGAGCGGCGGCGCCUCCUCCUGGAGGAGCAGCACCCCGGAUCAGCCGCGGUCGCUGUGCGCCAGCGUGCAGACGGAGGAGAGCGCCGCCUCGCUGAUCCCGGGUCAGCCGGGGGGGUACGCUGCCUCGCACCGCCAACUCGAAAGCGCUUCGUUACCUCCAGGGGGCGCCGCCGCCGCCUCCUCCCGCGAGGCCCCUUGGGCCGCCCCCGGCCCCGCCUCCCUACCUCCGCUGAGAGAGCCGUCGGCGCUGGGCUCGCCGGCCGUAACUCCGCCCCCUCCCCCGCCCCCUCCGCUGCCCCCGCCCCCCUCCUCGUCCUCUGAGGACAUCGCCGGCGAGGGGCAGCCCGGCAGCCCCGCCCGCUCGCCCAAAAAGGGGGGGGAGGAAGGGUCAGCCACCGUGGCCCCCCCCGCCGCCCGAUUCUUCGACAGUGGCCAGCUGCAGAACGCCAGGAAGAAGCUGAGGAAGACCAGCGCCCAGGAGGCGUCCCAGCGUAGGAGACUGAGCUCCCCGAUGGACGAGGUCCUGGCGUCGCUGAAGAGGGGCUGCUUCCACCUGCGCAAGGUGGAGCAGCGCGUCCCGCGGCCCGACCCGGACGAGGACGACGCCGACAACAUCCUGGUGCAGAUCCGCAAGGGCGUGAAGCUGAAGCAGGUGCAGCGGCGCGAGCUGCGCGACCAGCUGGGCGGCCUGCGGGACUCCGCCCACCCGCUCACCCGCAGCAUCCACGAGGCGCUGCGCCGCAUCAAGGAGGCGUCGCCCGAGUCCGACUCCGAGGACGAGGGGCUGCCCUGCGCCGACUGGGAGUGCUAGCCCCCUGCCCUGUGGCUCCGCCCUUUUAAACCAGACCCCGCCGCCCCCGAGCUUGAGUUUGACUCAGAGGUCGAGGGGCUGCCCUGCGCCGACUGGGAGUGCUAGCGCCCGCUGGCCCCGCCCACUCAAACCAGACCCCGCCCUCUGAUCCCCCCUCUCUGACAAAGGCUAGCUCUCCCCCACAGAUAGAGCUCAUUGCUGUUUUUUAGUCCGUUAUUUCUCUUGUUGAUUUUGUAGUUAUUUCUAGCCGCCCGUUUGUCCUGAUAGAGCUGGAGCUAUACACUGCAGAUGAUUACAGGAGCACAGCAGGUCCCUUCUCCUCUUUCUUUGAGACGUUCUUAUGUGUGAAAUGAGUUAGUGGGGUCUCUCCCUACCCCCCCCCCCCCACACACACACACACACACACAGGGGCCCUCAGAAGGACCCGCCUCCCGCGUGACACAACCGCUUCAUUUCACUGAAUUCAAAUUCCUUUGCCAUGGGAUCAAUCAGCUGUUUUGCCACAGCUGUAGAACGACCUCUGACACUGUCAAUUCUGACACUUGUUAAUUCUUCACUGUCAAUACGACCUCUGACCAAUUUUGUUUCGGUCAUUUGAUCAGUCUCCAAGGGCCAAUGGCAUCCAUAAAGAUAGGACUCUCCUUGAAGAAUCGUAAAAAAAAAGAUUUCGAAACGAUACAAUUUAUUUGUUGUGUCACAACCACAGAAAAGCAGCAUAAAAGACAGUUUAUCAUAGUUAUGGUGCAACAGAGUACCUUAAGGCAGUUCUGAGUAUUCAUUCCUCUUAUGUACAGUAUAUGAAUGCCAGUUCUGUGAGGAAAUGGUAUUAUUGUGAAGAUGCACGUUGUAGCAGAACACUACUUUGAAGGAGCUCAAACCUAGUCUGCAGGCCUAUUUUUAAGAAAGACAUCAUGAAGGCUUGUUGUCAUCAAACGUCCCGUGCUGUUUUGUGGACACAAUCAAAAAAGGGGAUGUGUAGCGUUUAAGUACAUUUUGACACGCAAAUCAGCGCUUUGAAGGAAAGGUUCGUCUUCAUCAUGUUUUAUCGUGUUUCUCCAUCAUCGUCGUGUGGCUAUUUCUUUCAAUAAGACUUCAGGAAACUCAAAUACUUAAUAUUUUUCACCUUUCAUUUAACUGGUUAGUUAAAUGGCUAAUUUUUUGUAAUUUUUAUUUAUUUAUUUGUAGUUUUGAUAACUGAAACGCUGAUAUUAUAAUUAAGACCAAUCUUGACCAAUGGCAAACAGUUGUUACCAAUGUCCUGUUCAAAGUAAGGGCUGUCAGUUGUGAGUUUAAUUUAAAAAAAAUUAUUUUUAAAGAGAAA